UUUCUCCGGAAAAAGCUGGAUCCCAACUCAACGAUCUUUGAGCAAGAACGACGAAGGAAGAUGGGCAAGACUUGGCGAGCGGUGCGACUGCUGCUGGUCGGGUGGGCGGUGCGCGUGGCGAGCGUCGAGACGCCGUCGCAAGUGCACUUGGCGAUCGCCGGCGACGACUUUAGCGGCAUGGCUUUUUCGUGGGUCACGCCAACGGCCAGCGCCUCGAGUGUCAAGUAUGGGCGCGACGCAGCCGCGCUCGACGGCCGCGCCACGGCGACGACGCCCAGCGCACAAUACACGUUUUGCAACUACACGUCCGGCUACCUCCACCAUGUGGUCGUGCCGACGCUGUCGCCGCGAUCGACCUAUUUCUAUGUCGUCGGCAGUGACGAGUCGGGCUGGUCGGUGCCGACGGCCUUCAAGACGCCGCCGCGGCGUGGCGACCUCGCGGCGCCGCUAUCGAUCGCGAUCCUCGGCGACCUCGGGCAAACCGAGGACUCGCGGCGCACGCUCGCGCACGUGCAGGCGCAGCCCGACCUCGACGCGAUCUUCGUGGCAGGUGACCUCUCGUACGCAGACACGGUCCAGGAGCGAUGGGAUUCUUGGGGGCAGCUGGUUGCACCGUCGACAGCCACGACGCCAUGGAUGGUGGGACCUGGCAACCACGAAAUUGAGCUCUCAUGCUCGCUGCAGCCGUUCGUCGCGUACCAAGCGCGCUUCCGCAUGCCGGCCGCCGAGAGCGGCGCGCCACGCGGCAACCUGUUCUACGCGUUUGACCUCGGGAUGCUGCACGUGAUUGUGCUGACGCCGUACGUCCCGACGUUUCGCGGCUCUUCGCAGUACGCGUGGCUGCAGCGCGACUUGGGGCGCGUCGAUCGGUCGCGCACGCCGUGGGUUCUCGUGCUUAUGCACGCGCCGUGGUACAACAGCAACACGGCGCACCAGAACCACCACGAGCCGCAGCACGUCAUGAAGAAGGACAUGGAGACGCUGCUUUACGAGGCCCGCGUCAACGCCGUCUUUGCGGGCCACGUCCACGCGUACGAGCGGUCGCGCCCCGUGUACAAGGACACUCCGCACCAGAGCGGGCCCGUUUACAUUACCAUUGGGGAUGGAGGCAACCGCGAAGGCCUCGCCGAGACGUUCAUCGAGCCCGCGCCAGUGUGGUCCGCGUACCGUGCGGCCAAAUAUGGGUACGGGCACCUCGACAUCGCCAACGCUUCCCACGCGCGGUUUACGUGGCAUGUCGGCGAUGGUGUCGCCGACCACGUCUGGCUCGAGCACCACGUACAGCCUGUAUGAGCUAGUACGAUGCCACGAGUGUGAAUAAUAUGUGGGUCGGGAUCUGGAUCUGAAUGAUGACGCACACCAGAUAAGGACGACGAUCAUGC